AUGUUCGGCAUUGGCGACGACGACGAUGGCGAUUCCUGCCCCACGCACAAUCUCACUGCCCGUGCCAAAAAGACCUUCAUUGCCGGUCUCACGUUUCAAGAAUUCAAUCGUAUCCUUGCAGGUGCUUGCACAGCGCUGGCUUGUCUGGUCAGCUUCAUCCACAUCUGGCGACACGCUACUCACCUAUCAGUACCUCGUCAACAGGUCAAGGUCAUGAGAGUGAUUUCGCUGGUGCCUCUCUACGCCAUUGUCAACCUUCUCUGCAUCUGCUUCCCCCAGGCUCAAGUCUACCUCGACCCGAUCCUCGAACUAAUCCAAGCAUUGUGCCUGGCUUCAUACUUUAUGCUUCUGUGCGAAUACAUUUCUCCACACAACGAGGGCCGUGAUGGCUUCUUCUCCCAGAUUGAGAUCAAGGACAAGAAAGCCGAGGGUGGUGUUGUCCAGGAUGGUGUCAAGUGGUUCGCCCAACGCUGCUUCAUGAUUUUCCAGUACUGGGUCGUUGCUCUUGGUAUCGCCAUUGCCACCAUCGUCACUCAAGUCGCCGGCGUCUAUUGCCAGUACGAGAGCAAGACCGAGUUUGCCAAGCUUUGGCUCAGCAUCGCCGCUACCCUGUCCUCUGGUAUGGCCAUUGCUGCGGUCUUGCUUGUUGCUAUCCAGCUCAAGACGCACAUGCCCGACCUCAACCCCAUGACCAAGCUCAUCGCCAUCAAGCUUGUCGUCGGUCUUGCUUUCCUCCAGCAAAUCCUCUUUUGGAUUCUUCAGAGCACCCACGUCCUCAAAGAGACCGACACGCUCACCUAUGCCGAUUUGCACUACGGUAUCCCCUCGCUCCUCAGCUGUCUAGAAAUGGUUCCCAUCUCUCUCAUCAUGUUUUGGGCCUACCCUGUUGGCCCUUACAAGCUCGAGUCUCUCGUUGCUCGUGGUGCGGAGCGUGGUGAGACCCAGAACUGGGCUCCUACAUCCUACCAGGGCGGCUUUCUCGGCAUUCGUGCCUUUUUCAGCAUGCUCAAUCCUCUCAAUGUCAUCAAGGCUACUUUUGCCGCCUUUGCCAUCUCUGCUCGGGACUUUUCGUCCUCCAAGUUUAGCCGCAACGACAGUGGUAGCAACACUUACGCCACCGGUCCUGGCUACCAGCAGCCCCCAAGUCAGUACCGCUCCAACAACUACGGUGGGCAGUCUCGGGGCCCUGCAGGUCUUGCUCGUGAAGCCUUCAACCAGUUUGGUCCUGGUCGCAGCGCCCGAAACGGCUUCAACAAUGGACAGGCUCGCCACAACGGUCGCAGUUACGACCACACUCGCGGUAACUCGUACAACGAGUACCACGAGUCAUACCCCAUGAAUCAGCGACGAUGA